UUCACUAGGCGACUACGCAUCACCAACUCUCCGGAGCCUGACGCCACUACUCUGAUCCACAGGCGUUAAUACUCCAGUGUGCUCAUGUGUGAAGGCGAGUCCGCAAGCACCUCUCCCUGCCGGAUGUAGGCCACCUCGCUCAUUUAUAUAUUUGUAUUUAUUUACCCGCCGUCUUCCGCUAACAGAAUUCAAUCCUGUAUCCAAAAUAACACGGGAUUUGGGCAUUCCGCGUUCGAUUUGAAAGAAAAAAAUCACUUUCGUUUUUUAUGGAAAUAUAGAGCUGGACCGUACAAAUUCCGCUAGAGGAGGAAAUUUCACUUCUCACUGCCCCUGGUCGGAGGCGCUGCAGAAGGAACAACCCUCGUCAUCAGCGACAGACUUUAAAAACCAUUGCCCUAAAAAGUAAAGAAAAAACCGCAGGACUUGUAAUCAACGUGACAAGGUCUGCAGGCCGGAUGACCGGUCAUCCGAAGCUCUCGAGUUCUUGUGACUGCCCGCCUGGAAGAUUCAAUCCUUAACAAGCCCAGAAAGAAAAAAAAAAGUAAUAAAAAAUAAAAGGCUCAGUGUUCGUGUGCGGCUGUGCUAGUGAAGUUUGUCCUACUGAGCCUGUCCAUAUUUUUCUUGUCUCUUAACUUCUUUUUCUCCUCCGUCUCCAGUACCACUUCGUUUUUCCCCUUUUUUCUAAGUGUAUUUUGUGGAAGUUUGUGAUCUCGUCGACAUCCAGCGCAUCUAACCGCCAUCAUCACCACCAAGAUCACCUCGUUUAACCCCUGGGAGUAGAUCUCCCUUGGAAGUACAACUUAUUUUUUUCCCCCUUCGAAGAUCAUCGACCGCCACAAUUGCUCGCCAGGAUAGCGGGACGGUCUUCGCUAUGCCCCAUAAAGGUCUUCUCAUACCUAGAGGGUCCAUUACAUCAUACAAAGGAGGUACGGGCGUGAACCAGAUGGGCGGAGUGUACGUCAAUGGGCGGCCGCUGCCGGACCACAUCCGUCACAAGAUCGUCGAGAUGGCCCACUCAGGGGUGAGAUCGUGCGACAUCUCUCGAAUCCUUCAAGUGUCCAAUGGCUGUGUGUCCAAGAUCCUAGCUAGGUACUACGAGACAGGUUCCAUCAAACCUCGAGCCAUCGGUGGCUCCAAGCCCCGAGUAGCCACUCCGCACGUGGUGACGAAGAUCGCUGACUACAAAAGGGAGUGUCCGUCGAUUUUCGCCUGGGAAAUUCGCGACAGAUUACUAUCGGAAGGCGUCUGCACCAACGACAACAUUCCAAGUGUUUCCUCGAUCAACCGCGUCCUACGGAACUUGGCAGCCCAGAAAGAACAAGCUUCCGGCGUGGGUGUCUCGGCCGGAGGUGGCGAGAGCGUCUACGACAAACUGCGGAUGUUCAACGGAGGGGCCGCGGCUGCAGGAUGGGCCGCAGCGUGGUAUCCCGGAGCCGCUGCAGGACACCUUGGUCUCCCACAGCAUCCUAACACUGCUCUCCCGCCCUUGCCUAGAGAAGAUCCCAAGAGAGAACGCCAACAUGGAGAACGGGACUCUUACGCUUCCACCUGGGGAAGGGGUUGGUUGCAACACUCCUGCACAACUACAUACCAUAGCCCUUCAAAAGGGUUGUUCUCCCCAUCGGACAAUAACAACGAAGUCACCAGCGACGGAAACAGCGAACACAACAGCAGCACAGACGAAGACUCCCAACUCAGACUCCGGCUCAAGAGGAAACUUCAGAGAAACAGGACAUCCUUCACCAACGAACAAAUAGACGCUUUAGAAAAAGAGUUCGAAAGGACGCACUACCCCGAUGUCUUCGCAAGAGAAAGACUGGCGGAGAAAAUAGGCCUACCAGAGGCACGGAUACAGGUCUGGUUCAGCAAUCGACGAGCUAAGUGGCGCCGGGAGGAGAAGCUCAGAAACCAACGCCGCUCCGUGGACCAAGUGGGCGUCGGGGUUGGCGUGGGCGUGGGCGUCGGAAUGGCCAACAGUGCAGCGGCUGCAGCUUCAAGAUUACCGCUCCAGUCUGGGUUCAACUCCAUGUACCCCUCCAUACCGCAGCCUAUUGGGACUAUGACGGAUACCUACAGCAUGUCCGGAUCGUUGAGUUCCAUGGGAGGUUCGUGCCUGCAGCAGCGGGAGGCUGCCGCUUCAGCGUACCCCUACAUGUUCCACGACCCUCUGUCCUCGCUCUCGUCCUCCUACCAGCGAUCUUCAUCCCAGCUGGCCUCCUGCGGCAACGCGGCGUCGCAAGCGGCCGUCUCUUCAUUCAACGCAGCAAGCCACGCUGCCGCAGCUUCCUAUGCAGCUGCCACCUCCUCCGCGGGCGGCACUGGCACUGGUUUGAUAUCAGCCGGCGUGUCAGUGCCAGUCCAGAUCCCCAGCCAGACUCCCGAUCUCAGCGCUGCCAACUACUGGCCGAGGCUUCAGUGAUGGCCUGCCCUCCGCGAGCCUGAUGCGUCCACGGCCUCGCUCUACAGUCACGACUAAAUGAAGCCAUAUUUAGGAGGAAUUCAAAGAAAAUAAAAAGCCUCACAGGAAAUACCCUAGAAGCCAAGGGGAAAAUGUACAAUCUCUCAAGUCCACGGAGAAAAGAAAACAAACCAGAUUUCUCUCGGUCGUUAUACUCGACCCAAAAUAAUGUUUCAUUCGACUAGAAAUGGCCAAGUGAGGGCAGACAGUGAUAAGUGUCUGUCUCUACUUCUGGAUAAUAUUGAGAUGCACGUUAGAGUUGCUUUUUCACUGCUUAUUAAUAACAGUAAUUCAGUCAACAGCAGUGACUGUUGCAACCGUGGAAUUCUUUCCCAGGUCAUAAAAGAAAGAGAAGUCGAAGGCUUCGUAUCAAUGACAGCAGAACAGCAGUAGUCUACAUUUCUCUGAAGAAAAUAAAUUUACCCUUCGUGUGAUUUUUUUUCAGGAGAGUGAAUCUUAAACGCUGUUUUCUCGCCGUAUAUUUUAUAUAAUAAAGUUAAGAAAAACAAAGACGAUGAAAAUAACGGAUGGCUUGUUGGAAAACGAUCAAUGUCUAAAUGAUACAAGUUAGCCUUUGUAGCUUCGAAUGUUAAUCAGCGCUGAUAAAUCCUGCCAAACAUUUCUCAGAACGAAGGGAAGAGCUGACAAAUUCUCUCUCACAAGCGCAAGGUGGCGUCACCGGAGUCGGAGAAGCAUUGGAAGUAGCACAGAUUAUUUAUUUAGGUACAAAAUAUCGACGCUACCAGUUGUAAUGAUCAAAUAAAUGAACUGUAUCAUGCAUGCUGUCCUCUAUUUGGUAAAUGGAAUAAAACCAAACUAAGAGUAAUUGUAGGUUUAGAAUUAAUUUUUAGUUACACUUAAGUUACUGUUGCUUCUAAUUGUGGUAAACAAAACAACAAAGCAUCUGAGUCAUAUUUAUAGAAAACGAGGAAAAUGUCAAAACACGUCAACAGAAAAUGGAGUUCGCUUAGUAGAAGAAAAAGGGAUGCAGUUGCUAAGUGUUUAUGACAGGGAGUCAUUCAAAUAAAACUUGAGUGAAUGUGUUGUAAGCUGCCUUUCUUUUUGCUGCUUUUCCAGUGAUAAGCGUAUAAGCAGGCGGCAUUAAUACACCUAUUUAUUACUGUAUAAAGGUCUGUAAACAAACAAGUGUGUAUAGUGUAGUAGAAAGAAUGUCUAGCAUAGUCACUUAUCAUCCUCAUGGAGAACACAACACACAAAUUAUUCUCGUUUAGAUUUAAUUCAAUUGACUUCAUUCAGCAAUUCAUUUCGCAUUAUAUACCCUCUCUCUCCUAUGCCAUUUCCGUUUCCUUCUCACUGCCUUUUUCCAAAGGAAGGCUAAAAAAACGAUAUUCAAGAAUAAUAAUACUAAUCCCACCUCUGAAUGCACGAGUCCAUUUUUACCUCCUAAGUACGAUAAUGAGCUGAGACAUUUUCUAAUCAUUAUUUUGCUGGUGUAUAAUACAUUAAGUGUCCCGGUGAGCGAAACAAUUCUCCUGUAUUAAUGAGUUCCUACCAAGCCUUGUUUCUGAAUUUCCCCCUCCCCUCCCCCUCUCUCUUCCCUCCCCCAAGCGACAUGCUAAAAGAAAAAAAGAAAAAAAAAGACGUGGAUACCACCGCCACCCCCUAUCCCCACCACCCCGUCAAGAACCACAAGAGAGCGCGAUUGAUAUCAGUGCACUUAUACCAAAUUCAAUCUGAUCAGAUAUCAGACUUGGUUUCACUCGAAUAGAGCAGCAUUUCACAAACUAAUUCCCCAUAAAAUUAGCGACAAAAGAGUUCAUUCUGUGCGCUGGGUGGGAAUUUUACACCAUAUUGCCGUGUUCAACGUGUGCACCGUUGCGGCAGGGGGCGCGGUGCCGUUCUCAAUGGCUGUCACUCGCAGAAUACCAUUUUCCUUUCCCCCUACCCCUGACACCCACCUUCCCGACAGAUUCCCCAAUAUCAACCACAAACCCCCUACCUCUCUUCCCUCCUCUCUCUCUCUGCAUGUGGCAGGAGUCGUAUAUACUCCUCAACCAGUUAGGCUGGUUAAGCAGAUAUUUGGAUGUUUUUUUUGGGGGGAGGGGUCUCGGAGAGAAAUGAGACGGCGCUUACCCUUUGUAGAAAUCGACCCUUGAUCAUUUUGUAAUUACUACCUAUGAAUGUGAUUUCACUCUUGGAUCAUCACGUUUACCAUCAAGAAUAGUCAUUUCUGCAUCACAGACCCAACAUUCUUCAUAUUAAAUUUUAUCGCUAAGUUAAAAUUCGAAGCAAGAGUGCAUUAUGUUCGAAUCGCCCAAAAUGUCAGACUAUAUAUAUAUUUACCCAGCCCUUGUCAGUUUGAGUUCUGACCCUCUUUGUCCCAACUGACCCCUAUUUACCCGUGUUUUCUUAGUCCGCUGUCUUCUCUAUUCACAAUCUGUAGACUUCCGUUUCUAGAAAGAUAAAAAGAUGUAAGCAGAUGUAAUUUGUCUUUGUGAUUAUUUUUAUAAAACCUAAUAAUUGCAUUACACUAUUCUGACGUAUUGUAAAUAGAUAUAUCUUUAAUAAUCAUACACUCAUCGUCAUCAUCAUUAUAGUAAGUCAAUGGUGAUUUGAUUGACGUGCAUCUGAUUAGUAAAAAAUAAAAAAGCCUAAAAAUAAAAGUAACUGGCAUCUCUGCCGAUCGUUUAUACCAAAGACAUUGUUCGUAGGACAAACAAGCAUUAUUAUACAUUCAUUUCGCUAUUUUGGACUUUGUGAAAGUUAGAAACAAAGGAAAUAGAUGGCAUGGAAGGUCACUGGGAUUGUAAAAGUGGAACAAAACAUAUUAUGAUUGUGAAAUCAAGGAACUUACGUUACAAACGCAAUCAGUGAAAUAACGCCUCCUAACAUUAAAGAUUGAUUGUUAUUGCCACGAUGUCUCUCUCCAGUGUGUGAAACGUUGUUUACUGUUGUGAUCUUUACAGUGGAUGGAAGAAACUCCACCAAACAUAGAUACUUCCAGUAAAAGAAAAAAGCCUAAGGUGAUAAGAAAAGAAAAAAAAACACAUCGUUCAGUUUAGAUGAAAAGACGGCCCGGCGUAACUUUCCAGAGAUGAGAGUACAGUAUAAUUUCAAUGAAAUGACAAUGUUUCAUGAAAUGGAAAAAAAAACACGUUUAGUAAAACAUAUAACAUCAAUAAAACUAACAUUUAUAUUUAACAAAGUUACAUUUUGUUGAGGAUACCCUUACGGACUUGAAAAGUUUUCAAUGCAUUCUGUCACGCCGACUUUAAAGUGUUGCAGUGCGCUGCAUUACAACGUGGCAUCCGAUUCCAGUUUAGCAACGCAGAACUUAACAUUCUACGUAGUUUAGUUUUAUUAAGACCUCAUCCCUCACCAUUCAGAAGGAAAUUUUCUAUAAUUUUCCACUAAUUCAAAACAGUAUACACCCUCUUGAUACCCGUAUCGAAAAUGCAUCGUGGAAAUCAAACAGCGAGAAGACUAGAAAUGACAUGACAAUAUAAAAAUCACAAUUCUGUCCAGUUAAGUGUGACUUGAAUAUGUAUUUUUACGUUUGAAAAACCUAUUGCUGCAACAACAACGUUUUGCUCAAAACAAAGGAAUUCUCACAAGGGCACGGAAACGACUUUAACAUUUCAGACAAGAGAAACCGAAAACGAAACAUAAUGGGAAGUUGCCACUUCAGUUACAUAAGGGAAGGAUUUUUUUGUCAUUAUUCACUUAUCAACUAUGUCUGCUUUCUAAUUAUUUGUUAACUUAGGAGUCAGUCACUGUCACAUUCAACGCUUGCAUCUUGACUCUAACCUAAUGCGAUAAAAACAACAAUGGCGCUGCCGCGCCAACGCACAACAACCAGGUGAGAGAAAAAAAAAAAAAAAAAAAAAAAAAAAGCUAGGAAAUGUAUCCUGAAACUUAAUCACAAAAAACAGGAAAACAUCUUAUGAAUGUGUUGUCUACAUACUUCAUAACACUCGCGGUUAAAAGUGUGUUAAGAUUGAUAAAAUAUAAUUAAUUGAUCAUACGCGCCAAGUGAUUGAAUUCCCAUGUAUAGAGAGGGGAAAAAUUUUACAAUAUGUUUAAUUGAUUAUUUUUCUCAUUAUUAUAUGGUAUUAAUGAAAUUCCACUGUAUAAAACUCAUUGUCGGGAACUCACAAUUCAUAAGCACUGUGCCAAUAGCCCUGUCACUUAAAGACAUCGAGAUUUAUGGGUAAAUAUUAGAAUAAUCCCCAAGCCAUUUCAGCGGUGAUCAAAGUUCAAAAAGACGGUUAAUGAAAACAUACAAGUUAAAGUUAUUAACCUUUCAUACCUGCAAUCAUUCGAAAAUUACUAAGCGGUUCAAAGUGCGUUCCUUACACGACACAGAUUUGGGAAUCUAUUAACCCGGGGGGCAAAGAUGUUGAAAUUUCGGGUCCAGUGACCCCCCAGUCACCGAAAACCCACCGAUCUCACAGAGCCUGUUUUUUCCACUCUUUCUUUUUACCCGACCGAGCGCGCAGAAAGGCGCUAAUAUAAUUUGACGUUUCAUUUAAUGCUUUGUAAGCCUGUGAAAUUACUCAUGACCCCUGGCGCUCUUAUUCAUUCGCGAUUAAAAACAAAGAUAGAGAGAAAAAUCCCGAAGCUCUGCCCUCAUCGGGGCACGACUGCGUUUUGUGCUUGUUGAGUGCCCGAGCUAAUCACGACCGAAUUAAAUUCCCCGUCCGCCCUUCCACUGAUCAACGGUGUUUCGGGGCGAAUGGCUGAGGAAUCUGAGCUGCGUAAAACCUUCAGUAUACAAUGUCAGAGAAAUCAUACGUGCAGACAUAUAAGACCGUGAUUAUCAUAAGUGACGAUAAUGCAUCGAUUACAUUUUCAUUCAAAAUAUGAAAGCUUCCAUUGUAAAGAUAUGAAAUUGUCUCUCAUCUGUAGCAAAAUCUGAAGACUCUCACACAAAAUCAGUGCCUAACAAAGAAAAACAGAUGAAUUUAAGAUAUUUCCUGCAAAAUGAGAGAGAGAGAGAGAGAGAGAGAGAGAGAGAGAGAGAGAGAGAGAGAGAGAGAGAGAGAGAGAGA